ACAAGCCGGAGGCAUUUCCGAACGUGCAUUUAGAAAGGUCCAUGGCUAAAGAUAAUUUGCUGUUUUACCACGUAUAUUAAAACACGAAAAACACCUGCUUCAACGUUCGCUAGCUAUUUCUUCAACUUCAGACUUCAAGAAUGGCGUUGCGCCGAUUGUUCCAGUUUUCCGCCCUACUCCGCUCAGCCAUGGCAGUUACCGUGCGCAGGAACUUGGCCCUGUCAGCCGUUGUUUUCAAUCGGGCUAAAGAACUGGACCCUGUUCAGAAACUGUUCUUGGACAGGAUCCACGACUAUAACGCCAAGAGCAAGGCAUCAGGUGAAGUGGUGGAUGCUGGACCAGCAUAUCAGAAGAACCUGUCUGAGGAAAUGACCAAACUGCAGCGACUCUACGGUGGCAGUGACCUCACCAAAUUCCCAACCUUCAAAUUCCCAGAACCCAAGUUGGACAAUGUAUCGCCCAAGUGAGAAAUACACUUGUCAGUGUGUGUCCGUGUGUCUCCUUCUUUCUUUUGACUACUAAUUAUUUA